AAAGGUAACAAAAUGGCGACUUACGGUCACGGAAAACAGUAUGGACUGAUUAAAAAGACUGCAAAACCAGUACUUGCACAAAAACUCUCAAUUUUUCAAGAUGAUUCCAGCGAUGAGGAAACUGCAAGUUCGCAGAUUAAUAUGUCACUUAAGAAAGUGGCUAUCAAAAAUCAAAUAAAGAAGCAGACACAAGUGGAAAUGCAGAAAGCUUUAGAAGAAGACCCCACAGUCUAUGAAUAUGAUUCAAUUUAUGAUGAGAUGGAAAGAAAAAAGAAAGAAGAGAGUCUCUUGUUGAAAGGGAAAUCAGACAAAAAGCCUAAGUAUAUCAAUAGUCUUCUAAAGGCAGCUACAAUUAGGAAAAAAGAACAAGACCGUAGAAUGGAACGAAAGAUACAAAAAGAGAGAGAAGAUGAGGGAGAUGAGUUUGACAAUAAAGAGGAGUUUGUGACUUCGGCGUAUAGAAAGAAGUUAGAAGAACGAGCAGAAGAGGAAUUCAAAGAAAAGAGACAAGCUGAACUGGAAGCAAAGUUGGAUGUUACCAAGCAGAAAGACUUAAGUGGUUUCUAUAGGCAUCUGUUAAAUCAGACCGUAGGGGAAGAAAAAGUGGGAGACAGUGAAGAGAAACCGGAGGUGACUCAAAGUACAAUGGUAAGCAGUCGUGAAGUAGAAGAUAAAGUUGGGAGUGAAAAGGAACUGCAUCAGGGUAGCAAAGUACACAAACACAAAGAUAGUCAUAGACACAGAGACCGACACAGAGAUGAAAGACAAAGAAGAAAAGAUGGAGACAGAGAAAAGCACAAAGAAAGACACAAAGAUAGAAAUAGAGACAGAGAAAGGAGCAGACAUAGAAACAGAGAUGAAAAAAAUCAUCGUCAAAAAGAUAGUGAUGAUGAUAGCGAUAACAUUAUUGAUCGCAAAGAAAGCAAAAAUGAGGACAGAGAUAAAGAAAUUGACCUCAAUGAAAGCAAUAUUAAUGACAGCAUUGAUGACCAAGUUAGAAAGACUGAUAAUGAAGUUGACAAUAUUGAGCACCAAGACAGUGAUGAAGAAAGUACACCAGAUGUAGAAGAAGGAAAUGAAAUUCAAGAGGAAAAAAUCCAGUCCACAGAAACAAGGAAUGAACUUGAUCAGCAAUGGACACUGCAUUCUGAUGAACAAAACGAAAGUGAGAGGGAAAAAAUUACUAAAAGUGAAAUGAAUCCUGCGAAAUUUGCUAAACGAAAUAUGGAACAGACUGUUAGUUCAGCCAGAGAACGUUACCUAGCAAGAAAGGCCACGAAGUUGGCUUCAAGAGUAAGCGUUGUUGAACCUGAAGAAGAUUAG